AUGAGCGGUACACAAGUUAUAAACGACGAGGCGCUUAAGGUUCUUAAUCGGUACUUUGACGACUGGCGAAAACGCAACCCAAAAGCCCAGAUUCCAGAAACAUUCACUUUUACCCCAUCUAGUCCGAUUUGGCCAUCCUUGCAAAGCACGCCAUUCUUCAAAACCAUUAAGUGGACGCUCGAUGGAACCGGGAGGACUAUAGGAUCUAUUCCAAAGAAAGGGUUGAGGGACCCGCUUCGGUGGCGGUUCCAUGGGGCAACGAUGUCGUGGCGCAUAGUAUGA